UGGCUGCGUUUCCGGUUCUGGUUGUGACAGUUGCAUAAACUCUCCUUCAAAAUAGAAACAGAAUAGUCAGCUGAUUAUUAAAGCCUUACAUCGGUGAAGAAACAGCAGGAUAACAUGUUUUCAGCUAUCAUCGCGAGAAAGGUUGUUUGUUCUGUGUGUAGGGCAUCUCUGCGUCCCACAGUGUGUCCAAUGGUUUAUCGAGGUUACCGUGGUGAUGCUCCAGAACCGACCAUCCUUGAGAUCCCGCUGCCGCCAUGGCAGGAGAGAGCAGGAGAAACUCUGGACAUCAAGAAGAAGAGACUGCUGUACGAGAGCCGCAAGAGAGGCAUGCUGGAGAACUGCAUCCUGCUCAGCCUUUUUGCAAAGCAGUACCUGAAUACAAUGAGUGAAUCUCAGCUGAAGCAGUACGACAGACUCAUCAAUGAACCCAGCAAUGACUGGGACAUCUACUACUGGGCAACAGAGACUCAGCCAACCCCUGAGGUUUACCAGGGCGAGGUGAUGGACAUGCUGAAAGAGUUCACCAAAAACAGGGACAUGGAGCAGCGUUUGGACGCCCCAAAUCUGGAGUAUCUAGAUAAGAGCAGUUAAAACUCACACCAAUGCCAGAGACUAUCAUAAUAAACACUGAGCAGCACACACUCAUCAGAUUUAAAGAGGACAGGCAUGAAACCUGUUCAAUUCAAUUUAAGUUUCUGUGAUGACAUAUUUUGGCAGUGACUAUAAUACUGGAUGCUUGCAGGUACUAAAUAAAAUAUGAUACACACAUAUACAGCUGAUACUUUAAUUGAUGAUAAUAAAAUUGUAUUUAAAGGGAUAAUUCACUUAAUAAUGAAAAUGUUCUCACUAUUUAUUCUCCCUCAAGAGAUUCCAAACCUUUGAGGGUUUUUUAUGCUGAACAUUGUUGGAUUACAAAUUUAUUAAACAUAUAAAUGUUUUUUUUUUUUACCUUGUAAGACGCAUUGUGAGGGAUCAGGUUUGACUGCAAUAGACAGUAUCAUUUCUCCAAAGUAAUGUAAAUUGUAAGUUCUAGGCACAUCUGGUCUGAAUGCCUGUGUGAAAUACAGUAUUAUGUCUCCAAUGUAAUGCAAAUUGUAAGUUUCAGUCUCUUUUGUCUAACAAAUGGCUGUGUGAGGGUGACACGGUGGCGCAGUAGGUAGUGCUGUCGCCUCACAGCAAGAAGGUCGCUGGUUCGGCUGGGUCAGUUGGCAUUUCUGUGUGGAGUUUGCAUGUUCUUCCCAUGUUCGCAUGUGUUUCCUCUGGGUGCUCUGGUUUCCCCCACAAGUCCAAAGACAUGUGGUGCAGGUGAAUUAGGUAAGCUAAAAUUGCCCUUAGUGUAUGUGAUUGAGAGUGUAUGGGUGUUUACCAGUAAUGCGUUGCAGCUGGAAGGGCAUCCGCUGGUAAAACAUGUGCUGGAUAAGUCAGCGGUUCAUUCCGUUGUGGCAACCCCAGAUUAAAAAGGGACUAAGACGAAAAGAAAAUGAAUGAAUGAAUGAAUGGAUGAAUGAAUGAAUGAAUGAAUGAAUGAAUGAAUGAAUGAAUGGCUGUGUGAUACUUUCAGACAAGACCCGGAAACAAGAUUUUUCAACUAAACCUGUAAUGACAGUUUCUGUUUCCACUAAUAAGCACUGCCCACUAAAUUGUGUAUUUAACUGAGUGCCUUGCUGCAGUAGUUCAGAUUUUUUGAUGAACGACACAGCGAUGGUGAGUUCUCAUUAAAGGAUUCUGCUUUGAAGAUGCUCGAAAAAAUCUAAGGUGCAUCCCAAAUCGCAUACUUAUGCACUAUUCUACGCCAGUUUGUAGUAUGAACAAUAGCUGCGUCCCAAAUGGCACACUAUGCACUAUGUACUUAAUCGCUUACACACUCAACAGCAUAGUAUAUGUAAGUAGUGUUGUCCCAAAUGGGACAACUGAGCGGAAAUUCAAACCGUUUCCCUGAUGACGUUUGACGGUUGCCAAAUAAGUGAACUAAAUGGCCAAACUACCCAAUAAUACCUGCCAUUAGUAUAACAGCAUUCACCAUCGGGAGGCGCUAUAAUCACUCUCGUUGGAGAAUUUUGCUUUCACCAUCCAAAAUAAAUAAAGUUAUCCAACAUGUGCGCCUGAUAGCUCCGCCCCUUCUGCUACGUGAGCAAAACUGCGGCUGUUGAGUGCGUGAAGUGUCCAUCAUUCCACACUUGAAUGCUUUCGGAUGAAUGCGGUUAUACUCAUGGUAGGUAUUAUUUGGUAGUUUGGUCAUUUAGUACAUGUAUGUAGUGUCGUCCCAAAUGGAACACUAAUGUUAUUUUACGAAGCGGAAAUUCAAACCGUUUCCCUGAUGACGUUUAUUGGUUGCCAAAUGCCGUUGAGUGCGUGAAGUGUCCAUCAUUCUACACUUCAUUUUACCGGUCGAAUAAGUGCAUCAUUCGGUAUUUCAAGUGCACUCAUUAUUUUUGGAGUUGUCAGUGUGAACGCACUACUUGCACUAUUUAUACUACAACAUGGCAUAAAAUAGUGCAUAAGUAUGCAAUUUGGGAUGCACCUAUAUAUUAUGCUGUGAAGUGUGUAAGUGCAGAAGUACAUAGUAUGCCAUUUGGGACGCAGCUCUGGUCUGAUCUCUUCUUCAAUUCAUAACAGUUUCACAAAGAAAACAACGUUUAAUUGGGUAUGUAGUCUCUCAAAGGACAUCACUAUUUUUCCACAACACAUCACUAGUCUCACAGAAGACACCAAUAGUCUCCCACUGGACAUGAUCAAUCUUUUACUAGACAUAACUAGUCUCCCAAAGGACAUCACCAAUUUCCCACAACACUUCACUGGUCUUAUAGAAGGCAUCAAAAGUCUCCCACUGGACAUCACCAAUGUCUGAAAGGACAUCCCUACUCUCUUACUAGACAUAACUAGUCUCUCAGAAAACAUCUGUAGUCUCUAAAAGGCCAUCGUUUGUCUCUCUCUGGACAUUACUAGUUUCUCUGAGGACAUCAUCAACAAAACCCCUUCAUUUUGUCUCUCACUUGGACAUCAAUAGUCAACCACAUGAGCAACCAUUCACUUCCAUAGUAAGAAAAACAAAUACUAUAGAAGUCACAGGUAACCACUUUUUUCACAAAUACUUUUCAAAACAUUUUUGUGUUCAACAUGAAAACCCAAACGGGUUUGGAAAAAGCGUGAUGACAGACAUUUUCAAUUUUUUGUGAACUGUCCCUUUAAAUGUAUAGUACUUUUUUAUUAUGCAUACAAUUGAUUAUUUAUUUAUAUAAAUAUCUAUCAGUAAAGGCAAGUUAAUAAAUAAAUGCAUAUAUUUAUAUAAUUUAGAUGUUUAAUAAACACUGUACAGCGAUUGUGGUGUAAAAUAUCUAUCAAUAACUCUAAUCAAUAACUGUGCUGUUUGUGUGUAAAAUUGAUAAUUGUAAAUACUGUAUUGCAUCACAUGAAUAAAUGACAUUUGUCAAUA